AUGAAGUCCUUUUCAAUUCUCUCAUUUUUCCUUCCUUUCCUAGGGGUGGAUAUCCUCGUCAAUGCCUUGCCAACUGCAGAAAAUAUUGCAAGAUUCAAUGCGGAACGAGCAGAGGAGCCUUGCCCUUACGCGAAGCUUCAGGCUGAGCUGAAACCCAAGCUGGCAAAGCGAUUUGCUUUUGAUUCGAUGAAGGAGCCAAUUGAUGUUACUGGAGAACAUGCCUUUUUACCUCCAAACUUCGAAGCUGGUGACCAGCGAGGUCCUUGCGCGGGUCUGAAUGCGUUGGCAAACCAUGGGUAUAUCCCACAUAACGGAGUUACAUCUGCAGCUCAAGUUAUCUUCGCGAUCAACCGCGUAUUUGGAAUGGGCCUUGACAUUGCUACAAUCCUUGGUGUCCUGGGAACUGUAUGGGCUGGCAAUCCAAUCUCUCUGACCCCCGGGUUCAGCAUUGGCGGACCAACUACCCAGUCUGAAAACAUCCUACACGAUCUUCUUGGUUUAGUUGGAACCCCACAAGGUCUAAUAGGAUCUCAUAAUUUGAUCGAGUCAGACUCCUCCAACACUCGUGAUGAUCUAUAUGCGACAGGAAAUGCCCACACCCUUCAUAUGGAGAAGUUCCUGGGCUGGUAUAACAUGAGCAGAGAACACCAAACCGGAGAUUAUAAUAUGGAUAUCAUGGCAAAACGGGCAGCAAAUCGGUUCCAGGAGAGCAAAUUGGAGAACCCUUAUUUUUACUACGGUCCCUUUACGGGUUUGGUCAGUCGCAACGCUGGAUAUAUUUUUCCCGGCCGAUUGCUUGGGAAUUAUUCUAGAGCGAACCCGGAAGGUGUUUUGACAAAGGAAGUUAUUCGGAACUUCUAUGGUGUUUAUGGUGAUGAGGAUCAUCUCGAGUACAAAGAGGGCUGGGAACGCAUUCCAGAGAACUGGUACCGCAGGCCAGUCGAUUGGGGUUUGGUCGGCUUUAAUACUGAUCUUGUCAGCUUUAUUCUGAAAUAUCCCCAAUUGGCAAGCAUCGGAGGCAACAUGGGCAAAGUCGACACUUUUGCAGGUCUCGACCUUGGAAAUCUGACCACCGGCAUCGCCAAUGCUGGCCAGCUGUUGGAGUCCAACAAUCUUAUCUGCUUCAUUCUCCAAUUCGCUAAGGCGCUUGCUCCGAGUACUCUGCCUCGUGCUUUUGCCGCAGUCGAAGCGCCUUUGAAGCUAAUCACUGAAACUCUUAAUGUUCCUCUUCUUGACCUCAACUGUCCUUCGUUUUCCGAUCUUACCAGGGAUGGGAAGCCUCUUUGGGACGUGUUGCUGGAUUCGUUUCCUGGUGCUAAGAAGGGCGGGACCCCAUUGUAG